ACGCGCUCAUUCACUUGACCGUAGCGGGCUGGCUCGUAGCGUGAUGUGGCUAAGCUAGCUGUCACUCAGUCAGUCAGCCACCGGAUGUUCCCGGACGCACGUCGUCGUCGGCAGUCUUGACAUUCCCCUUAAACAUUCCCGGACGAAUUCGUGUCGACUGACCAGAGUCCGCGAAUUCACGUCCGACUCCCUGGUGCUCAUCGAGCCUUUCCCUCCCAUCCUGCCGCCGCCACACCGCUAGCGCUGCUUAGCUUGCCGGCUAACGAGAGUGCGGAGAGCCGAGGGCCGGACAAGUGGAGAGCCCUGAACUGAAGGACCACACCCAGACAAGAUGUCCCUUCACCAAUUUCUACUGGAGCCCAUCACCUGCCACGCAUGGAAUUGCGACAGGACACAGAUUGCCAUCAGCCCCAACAACCACGAAGUUCAUAUUUAUAAAAAGAGUGGGAACCAGUGGGUCAAGACUCACGAGCUGAAGGAGCACAACGGACACAUUACAGGCAUCGACUGGGCCCCCAAGAGCGAUCGCAUAGUGACGUGUGGUGCUGAUCGCAACGCGUACGUUUGGUCACAGAAGGAGGGCAUAUGGAAGCCCACGCUGGUCAUCCUCAGGAUCAACAGGGCCGCCACCUUUGUGAAGUGGUCUCCACUGGAAAACAAGUUCGCGGUGGGCAGCGGUGCGCGACUCAUCUCUGUCUGCUACUUUGAGUCGGAGAACGACUGGUGGGUGAGCAAGCACAUCAAGAAGCCCAUCCGCUCCACCAUCCUCAGUUUGGACUGGCACCCCAACAACGUGCUGUUGGCUGCCGGGUCGUGCGACUUUAAAUGCAGGGUGUUCUCAGCAUACAUUAAAGAGGUAGAGGAGAAGCCAGGUCCUACCCCUUGGGGCAGCAAAAUGCCAUUCGGGGCUGUUCUAGCAGAGUUCGGAGGAGCAGGAGGAGGAGGUUGGGUCCAUUCUGUGUCCUUCUCAGCCUCUGGGAACCGCCUGGCGUGGGUCAGCCACGACAGCACAGUCACUGUGGUGGACAGCGCCAAGACUGCCUGUCCUUUGCAAUUGAAGACUGAGUUCCUGCCUCUUCUCAGUGUCUGCUUUGUGUCAGAGAACAGCCUAGUAGCAGCGGGCCAUGACUGCUGCCCCAUGCUGUUCCGCUGUGAUGAUGGUGGUGCGCUAACCUUCGUGUCCAAGCUGGACCUGCCCAAGCAGAGCAUCCAGAGAAACAUCUCGGCCAUGGAGCGCUUCCGCAACAUGGACAAGAGGGCCACCACCGAGGACCGCAACACUGCGCUGGACACACUGCACCAGAACAGCAUCACCCAAGUGUCUAUCUAUGAAGGAGACAAAAGGGACUGUCGCAAGUUCUGCACCACUGGCAUUGAUGGCGCCAUGACCAUUUGGGACUUUAAGAGUCUAGAAGCUUCUAUCCAGGGUCUCCGCAUCAUGUGAAGAAAUUUUGUGAACGGAAAAAUAGUGGAGACGCUGCGACCUCGCCUACUCACCCACUCAUUCCUACCCCACAAGUAACACAUACACGUUAUCGAGUGUCUGCCGAUGCACUGAUCAGGCUAUCUCACGUACACACACACACGCAUACAUAUAUAUAGCUACACACACACACACACACACACACACACACACACACACACACACACACACUGAACUGAUGUGUGACAUCACUGUUGAUUUUGUUUAGUUGCUGUCAUUUGAAUUUAAAUGAAGCCGGAGAGGAAGGGAGGAGGUUCUGUAUUAUUAAAAAAGUGAAGUGUGUUUUUUAUGUUCUCUAACCUCCUAGUUCCAAAAGUUCAACACUAAGCUAAGUUUUAUCACAAAGAUGAAGAAAAAAAAUCUGACUGAAUAUCACCACUGCUGGGCCUACACGUGAAUAUAUCAGCGAGGCGUCAAGGUUACGGACGUUUUCCGUCACUCUCCACCUCGCCGUCGCGGCUCUGUAGUAGUUAGGAGCUCACGUAAGAUGGAGGAUGUUUGUUUAAAGUGAGGUUAAAUAAAGUUGAGAAAGCAUUUACAGAA